AUGAACCAGUCUGUUCACCUACUUCUCCAGCUGGCUUUCAUGUAUAUAGCAACAAGUCUCGGAAGUGACGAAUCCGGACAGCAUUCCAAUAUGACCAUAACACACAAAUGGCACAAUUGUGCUCAGGAAAUGAAUCCGACACCCUGCAUAUACAUGAAUCAUGACCGUCUCGACCCAUACAUGAACCACCAAAAGACCGCCAUCUUUUCCUGCCAUAUCCGAGGACGCCAGUAA